AUGGCAACUUUCGCGCAAGUACAAUCGACAGGCUUCAUUCUGCUGGCCAUGCUGAUGUCCAACAGCAAAGCGUCCUUCGGUCAUGCCUCCUACGCAGCCUUUCGCCCGACUUAUCCCACGAGCCUCUACGACGCUGUCUUGUCGUACCAUCGGGGCCCUAAACGACUGUGCCUGGAUUUAGGAUGUGGAACCGGUAUAGCAACACGCGAGAUGAGCAAACACUUUGAGAAGGUGAUAGGGACAGAUCCAUCGAUGGGCAUGGUCAAGCAGGCCCAAGAGAACUCCCCUGAAGAGCAAUUGUCGAACAUUGAGUUCCAACAAGGCUCGGCCGAGAGCACCCCCUCUGUGGGUGAAGGUAUCGUCGAUUGUGUGGUCGCCGCACAAGCAGCUCACUGGUUCGACUACAUUCGAUUGUGGCCUGAGAUGCAUAGGUUGGUCCGCUCCGGCGGCACAGUAGCAUUCUGGGGUUACAAGGACCAUAUGUUUGUGGACUACCCCAAUGCUAGUAAGAUCAUGAUGUCGUAUGCCUAUGACACUCAUCCUGAUAAGCUUGGAUCGUAUUGGCCUAUGCCUGGACGCUCUUAUUUACAGGACAAGCUUCGAGUCAUCCAGCCGCCAGCACAGGAUUGGGAGGACGUCAAGAGAAUUGAAUAUGAACCGGCGCUCAACGGGAGACACUCGGGCGAAGGCACCCUGUUCAUGGAGCGGCGCAUCUCCGUUGGCCAAUGUAAGGAAUAUGUCCGGACCGCGAGUUCGUACCACGGCUGGAUGGAGAAACACCCAGAUCAGGAAGCUCGUUCCAAGGGCGGGAGUGGCGACAUCAUGGACCAGAUGUUCGACGAGAUCGCCGAGAAUGAUGAUCACUUCCGUGACGAUGAGAAUCUUGUUAACAUAGAAUGGGGCUCCGCACUAGUAAUGGCCAGGAAGAGAUAA